AUGCUGAGAUCUACAUUUGACCGGCCAGACCACGAACGUUGUUUGCUCGAAGGUACUCGGCCCCCUCCAGAUGUGCCACCUCGCAAUCCGACUAUGUCCCGUCUGAACGGACGCAUCACCGGUAACCCGGCUGACUUAGCCGACUUUGAGCCAUCGUGUCUCGUGCGUACUCCUUCUGGAAACUUCUACGUGCCUUCAGGUAUGAAUUCAUGGGACAUACAAAAAAAUCCGUCUAUGGACUACAAAUCAAACUCGUCGUGUAGUAGUCCAGGAAAACAAGAAAAAAGUACCUUGGACAGGAUGGACCGAAGUGACAGGCAUCCUGCCUUCGGAGCACCAGUGCCUGUCCUUCCUGUAAGGAAUAACCUCAGGGCAACUCAUUUUCCUCCAACGUCAUCAAGGUUCCACUUCAGAAAAGGACUCUCGUCGAGGUGUUCUUGGAAAUGCACAGCUAUUGCAUUUAUAGUCUUAUUCGUUCUUCUAUUAUCUAUUGCCUCGUAUAUGUCAGCUUCCUAUUUCACUGACAACUGGUCAUAUCAAAAUGCAAAACCAUGUUCAGUAUUAGUCAGUGAAACGGAUAAAUUUUCAGCGUCGAAAACAACGACACCCGAAUCUAGUAACAAAUCAUUAUCCAAACCAUCACAGAGUUCAACAUCUUCUGCAGGUAAAAAAGAAAAUCAUUCACGCCCUCGUAGAAGUGUAGAUGGGCAUGCUUCUUUAUCUGUUUCUUCUUUAAAUUCUGUUUCUUCCACGGAUUCUUCUAAUAUAGAUAUGCAUGAAAACACUACACCUUUGACCACUGUUAGCUUAGUGCAUGGUGUGUCAAUAGAGCAAUCUACCAAACAAACGGACGUUGAGCUCGCUUAUAAUGCUUCUGUAUCUGUUAAUGGUGAACCGGGUAACAAUGGUGAUCUAACAAAAAAUAACACUACACUUGAAAUAAAAACCUCAUCCACAAGAUUUGAGUCACCCACGACAACGAAGUUACAGGAGAUCGUAAAUACAAAAACUAACAAGGAAUCUAAAACUAAACCCACAGAAAUUAACAUUGACCAUCCUCAUGAAGUUUCUUUCAAUAAAAAAAGUGACGUUGCGUAUGAUCCUGAAGAUAUGCAAAGCGACUCAUCUUCAAUUUACUCAUAUGGCUUACAAAAACUACAAUACCUAAAAUUACUAACCAGAUUAAAUAAAGUAAGUGAGGAGUUACAUAUAUAUUCAAACGAUCCAAAUGAAAAGGUAAACAACAAUUUGGCAAAAUUUCAUUAUGAAAGUCAAAGUAGUACAAUAACUAAUACAGAAAGAAAUAUUAAAAAGAUCACAAACACAGCUUUACCACCUAUUUCGUCAGAUGUGUUAACAAAAAAAGAUUUAAGUGAGGGUACACCUAUGUUUACUACUCAUAAUCCUUACAUUAAAACUGAAUAUAAAGUUUUGGAUGGGCCUGAAUCAUUGGAAGUGCUAACGAAGACAUCUCACUUAACAAAAUCACCUCCCACUGAAAGUUCAACUAUUUUUACCACCCAUAAACCUAAUCCAAUAAGUCAGCAUGUGUUGUCAAUAACUGAGCCCUCACCAAAUGUGCCUAUCUCUGCAGAUGAUAUGAAUAUAAGUAGUCCACCGAUACAGGUAAAAACUGAAAGUGAGUCUUAUACUUCAAAUGUUACUCCUGAAUCAAAAUCUUCAGACUCGAUGUCAAAUGCUAAACAUGUGUUAAUUAAUUUAACAAUUUCUGCUGACAAUGCUAAUAACGAUUCAUAUAAACCUUUAUAUUCAUUGACGGUAACUGUUCCUACAGUUGGUGAAGCCAAUGAAAUGCCAACUGUUAAAAUAACCCCGAUGAGCAGUGAACCUACAAUGCCUACAAAUUUUAAUAAACCAGUGACAAUUGAUAGUGCAACAAAAGCAACAAAAACAGUCAAUACUGAAAAUUGGGGAGGAAGUUGCGAAUGUUCAUGCCCGUCAUGCGAAAAUACGAAUACUUCUGAAGAUUUUUAUGAAGAUUAUAUAGAUAAAACUACAAUCAUUGAUAAAAAUAUGUUAAACAGAUCUACAAAUUAUAGCACAACAGGGCCAACAUUAUCAAUUGAAAAUGAUAUAUCGUAUACAUCAACUGAUUUAAAUACAGAUGUUACUACAGAUGUUACUUCAGAUAUAAGUACGGAUACUACUACAGAUACAACUACAGAUAUAACUCAGAAAUCGGAGUACUAUGAAUCAACUGAAAGUAAUAUAUUUGCAACAGAAACCAUAGCAACUUCUACAGAACAAGAAACUUUCACAACUGAUAUUCCAAAAUGCGUAUGCCCCAAAGUAAUGCCUCCACCAAUACUUAUAUUGGAAGGUGCGCGGACGUUCCCAAAACAAUCAUUCCCGCCUGACGGGACAACGUUCAAACAAAUUACUUUAGGUGAAAAAUUAUCGAAAGAAAUCCUUCCGUAUAGUUACUGGAACAUGCAGUUUUAUCAAUCCGAGGCUGCUUACGUCAAAUUUGACUAUAUGAUACCAAGAGGCGCGUCUAUAGGUGUUUAUGCGAGACGGAACGCUUUGCCGACGCAUACUCAAUAUCACUUCUUAGAAGUCCUAAGCGGAUUUAAAGCUCGAACCACAAGAGCUUCACAUCCGUCUGUAAAGAAAGAAGUAACACAUUAUAUGGAACAAGGUCAUUGGUUUUUGUCACUCUACAAUGACGACGGGGACCCUCAGGAGAUAUCAUUUAUUGCAAUGGUGGCUGAUGAUAUGACCCAUAACUGUCCAAAUGGCUGCUCUGGGAAAGGAGAAUGUUUGAUGGGUCAUUGUCAGUGUCAGCCGGGCUUCGGAGGUGACGAUUGUAGUGAAAGCGUAUGUCCAGUACUAUGUAGUCAGCGAGGAGAAUAUAUAAAUGGGGAAUGUCAAUGUAAUCCGGGCUGGAAGGGCAAAGAAUGUUCGUUACGACAUGACGAAUGUGAAGUACCAGAUUGUAACGGUCAUGGGCAUUGUGUUAACGGUAAAUGUUCCUGCGUCAGAGGGUAUAAAGGCAAAUUUUGUGAAGAAAUCGAUUGUCCUCACCCCACCUGUUCAGGUCAUGGCUUUUGCAUUGAAGGCUCUUGUGUUUGUAAGAAAGGUUGGAAAGGUCUGGAUUGUGGAACGAUGGAUAAAGAUGCAUUACAAUGUUUGCCGGAUUGCUCUGGUCAUGGCACUUUCGAUGUAGAUACGCAAACUUGCACAUGUCACGUUAGGUGGUCGGGAGAUGACUGUUCCAAGGAAGUGUGUGACUUAGACUGUGGUCCACACGGUCGAUGCGUUGGAGAGUCUUGCGUAUGCGAUCAAGGAUGGACCGGCGAGUACUGCACAUCGAAACUUUGCGAUUCAAGAUGCAGUGACCAUGGACAAUGCAAAAACGGGACUUGUCUGUGUGUCUCUGGUUGGAAUGGUAGACAUUGUACCCUAGAAGGGUGUCCACGAGGAUGUGCAGGACACGGACAGUGUAGGGUUGCAAAUGAUGGACAUUGGGAGUGCAAGUGCUUCGAUGGUUGGGAUGGUCCCGAUUGCACAACUCUGAAGGAACAGAUAUGUGACGAUUCCAAGGAUAAUGACAAAGAUGGUCUAGUCGACUGUGAGGAUCCAGAAUGCUGCCAAAGCGCCGCCUGCAAGGGAAGUCAACUCUGUGUUUCAUCUCCGAAACCAACGGAUAUUCUUCUUAGAAAACAACCUCCAGCGAUCACAGCAUCUUUCUUCGAACGGAUGAAAUUCCUCAUCGAUGAGGGUAGUUUACAGAAUUACGCUAAACAAGAAACCUUUAACGAGAGUAUGUUUUGGAACCACUUCAAUACGAGUCGGUCCGCGGUAAUUAGAGGUAGAGUGGUAACAUUUCUCGGGUCUGGUCUGCUUGGCGUGAGGGUCUCUACAUCGACGCCCUUGGAAGGGUUCACUUUGACGAGAGAGGACGGUUGGUUCGAUCUCCUCGUUAACGGAGGCGGGGCGGUCACACUUCAUUUUGGGAGAGCCCCCUUCAAGAGAUCUACUCAAGUGGUAUUCGUGCCUUGGAAUGAGGUUGUGAUAAUCGAUGAAGUAGUAAUGACAACAUCGGAUGACAAGGGCGGCAUGGGUCCGCCCCAGGCGUGCCUUGCCCACGACUACGACAUGAUGAAACCUGUAGUGCUCGCUACAUGGAAACACGGCUUCCAAGGGGCUUGUCCAGAUAAAAGCGCUAUUUUGGCUGAAUCACAGGUUGUUCAAGAAAGCCUUCAAAUACCAGGAACAGGAUUAAACCUGGUCUAUCACAGCUCUAGAGCCGCUGGAUAUCUCUCGACAAUCCAAUUGCAAUUGACACCUGAGAAAGUCCCACCAACAUUGGCUCUAAUUCACUUAAGAAUAACCAUUGAAGGCAUUCUCUUUGAAAAGACUUUUGAGGCCGAUCCAGUUAUUAAGUUCACAUAUCCUUGGAAUAGAUUAAAUGUUUAUAGGCAAAGAGUUUACGGCGUAACAACAGCGUUGGUAAAAGUCGGUUAUCAAUAUACUGAUUGUAAGGAUAUCAUUUGGAACGUUCAGACGACCAAAUUGAGUGGACACGAUAUGAGUAUUUCUGAUGUUGGUGGUUGGAACUUGGACAUACACCAUCGAUAUAACUUCCAUGAAGGUAUACUUCAAAAGGGUGAUGGCACAAAUAUUUACUUGAAGCACAAACCUCGUCUUAUUAUCACGACUAUGGGAGAUGGAAGACAAAGAGCUUUAGAAUGUACAGAAUGUUCUGGAACAGCCAUAAAGCAAAGGCUGCUAGCUCCAGUAGCCCUCGUGGCGGCUCCAGAUGGUUCUUUAUUUGUAGGAGACUUUAAUUUAGUCAGAAAGAUUAACACAGAUGGGACAGUGAGAACCGUUGUUAAAUUGAACGCCACGCGAGUUUCCUAUCGCUAUCACAUGGCUUUAUCCCCAUUAGACGGAACUCUGUACAUCUCAGAUCCUGAGUCUCAUCAAAUCAUAAAAGUUAGAAAUACUGAAGAUUUUAGUGAUCCUGAGAGAAACUGGGAAACCGUUGUCGGCUCAGGAGAAAGAUGUCUUCCAGGAGAUGAAGCUCAUUGUGGUGAUGGAGCUUUAGCCAGAGAUGCCAAAUUAGCCUAUCCAAAGGGAGUAGCAGUUUCCAUAGACAACAUUCUAUACUUCGCAGAUGGAACAAACAUUCGAAUGGUUGACAGAGAUGGAAUUAUUACAACAGUUAUUGGAAACCACAUGCAUAGAGCCCAUUGGAAACCAAUUCCUUGUGAAGGAACUUUAAGUGUUGAGGAAGUUCAUUUAAGAUGGCCCACAGAAUUAGCUAUUAACCCGCUAGAUAACAGCUUACACAUCAUUGAUGAUCAUAUGAUUUUGCAAAUGGCACCCGAUGGAAGAGUAAAAGUUAUUGCAGGAAGACCCCUACAUUGCCCUUCUCCGCUAACUGGAUACGACAUGGAAUUAGCUACAUAUGCCACACUUGUUAUGCCACAAAGUAUAGGUUUUGGUGCAGCUGGAGAUUUAUAUGUAGCUGAAAGUGAUUCUCAAAGAAUAAAUAGAGUUAGACUUAUUACUACCGAUGGGAAGAUUUCCUUGUAUGCAGGAGCGGAAUCGAAAUGCAAUUGCUUGGAACGAGGCUGCGAUUGUUUUGAAGCUGACCAUUUCUUAGCGUCCAACUCUAAGUUUAACACUAUUUCAGCUGUUACCGUUAGCCCAGAUGGAAACGUACAUAUUGCAGAUCAAGCGAACUAUAGAAUACGGUCAGUCACAGCCAGUAUCCCUGAUGCAAGUGGCGCGAGAGAAUAUGAAAUUUAUGCACCGGAUACUCAGGAAACAUAUAUUUUCAACCGAUUUGGACAACAUGUAAUGACCAAAAACAUUCUUACGGGUGAAAACAAUUAUGUAUUCACAUAUACAGUUAACACGAGUAAUGGAAAACUUAGCACUGUAACCGACGCAGCAGGAAACAAAGUUUUUCUAUUGCGUGACUACUCAAGCUUAGUUAACUCCAUUGAAAAUACAAAAGGUCAAAAGUGCAGACUAAAAAUGUCAAGAAUGAAAAUGCUUCAGGAAUUACGAACUCCUGAUAAUUUCAACCUGACUUUCGACUAUCACGGCACUACUGGUUUACUAAAAGCCAAAUAUGAUAGUACUGGAAGAAGUUACAUUUACAAAUACGAUGAAUUUGGAAGAUUAACGUCAGCCGUAACUCCCACUGGUAGAAUAAUUAAUCUGACAUUUGAUUUGAGCCUCAAAGGCGCAACCGUUCUUGUAAGUGAAAAUAACAGAAAGCCAAUUUCCAUUUUAAUAAAGGGUUCCUCAGUAAAUACUAAAGUAGGAGAAGCGGAAAAGAAAACUAUUAUAUCAACUGAUGGAAGCAUUUCGUCUAGUAUGCCAUGGGGUCAUGUUAUAUCUACUGAUACAGUUCCCUACACAAUACUAUCAGAAAUCGAUCCCAUUUUGGGUGAGAGCUACCCUGUUCCGGCCAAACAAAGAACUGAAGUCGGUGGAGAUUUAGCAAACCGAUUCGAAUGGAGAUAUUUCCUACGCAGGCUACAAUCAAACAAAGGAAAAGGUAGCAAAGCUGUUGCACAAAUCGGCCGCAAGCUACGUGUUAAUGGGGAAAACCUGCUCACUCUAGAAUAUGAUAGAGAUACAUCAACGGUUGCAGUUUUCAUGGAUGACAAAGUUGAGUUACUGAAUGUGACGUACGAUAGAAUGGCAAGACCAGUGAAGUGGGGACCGAGGAGUGGAAUAUUUGCAGAAGUUGAACUCGAUUAUGACAGGUUUAACAGACUCACUAGUUGGAGGUGGGGCGACUUAAACGAAACUUACGGAUAUGACAGAGCAGGCAGAUUGCAUGAAAUUCGAUAUGGCGACGGAUCUUCACUUGCCUAUUCAUUUAGAGAUAUGUUCACAAGCUUACCUCUGAAAGUAACAACACCUAGAGGUAGCGACUAUCUUUUGGAUUACGAUGAUUCUGGCGCUCUACAAAACCUUACCACCCCGAGAGGUCAUAUUCAUACAUUUGCACUAAUGACUUCACUGGGCUAUUUCAAAUAUCAAUACUUCUCACCUAUGAAUAGGCAUCCAUAUGAAAUCCUGUAUAACGACGAUGGUCAUAUCCUAGCAAAAAUAUACCCACAUCAAUCUGGCAAAAUUCUUUACGUUUAUGAUAGCACUGGAAAAUUGGAAACAAUCAUAGCAGGAGCAUCGGCGAUACGAUAUGUUUACCAUGAGAAUACUCAUCUCGUCAAGAACGUAGAAAUUACUGACCCCGAUUACGAAUUGAGACAAGAUUAUAAAUAUCACGCCGGUAUCCUUAAAGACGAAAAGAUGAAAUUCAAUUCUAAGAGUGGAUUAAAUAAUGCCCAUUUCAAAUACCAAUAUGAUGGCAAUGCGAGACUUUCUACGAUAGACAUGAAUAUUAACAGCAAAGAAAUGCCACAGUUACGUUUGAAAUAUAACCAAAAUCUAGGCAUUCUCGAAGGUGUGAGCGAUUUACGAAUCUACCGAAAUACUUUCAAUCGCUCCGUAAUGCAAGAUACGAGCAAACAAUACUUUACGAUUACCGACUAUGAUGAUCACGGCAGAAUAAAAACAGUUCUUAUGAAUAUCAAAUCCUUUGACGUGUUCCGACUUGAACUGGAAUACGACGUAAGGAACCGAAUUAAAUCGAAAAAGAUGAUGAUCGGCGAUACGUCGUCAAACGAACGAGUCAGCUAUAAUUACGACGGUCACCUUAUGGAAGUAGUUGGGUCUGAAGAUGACUGGAAAUACGUUUAUGAUGAAAAUGGCAACAUUAUUGGUAUUAUCGAACAUGGGGAAAAACGUUAUCUUGGCUAUGAUAUUGGAGAUAGAGUGGUUCAAUAUGGCGAUAUUGAAUUCAGCAGUUAUGAUGGUCGAGGUUUCGUUAUUCGUCGAGGAGAACAAAAAUACCGAUACAACUCUAGAGGACAAUUUGUACAUGCUUUCGAACGGGAUAAGUUCCAAAUGUGGUACUACUAUGACGACAGAAGCAGGUUAGUGGCUUGGAAGGAUGACAAAGAUAAUAUAACUCAGUUCUUCUACACAAAUCCACAAUCACCUAAUCUAAUAACCCACAUGCAUUAUCCAAAGACUGAGAAGACACUCCGAUUUUUGUAUGAUCAACGAGACUUCUUGACUUGUAUCGAAACGGAAGAUCAACGUUUUUAUGUGGCCACUGACCAUAAUGGUUCACCACUUGUUGUGUUUGACGUGAAUGGUGAAAUAAUUAAGGAAAUAAAACGUAGUCCAUUCGGCAAAAUCGUCAAAGAUACGAACCCAGGAUUCUAUGUGCCAGUAGACUUCCAAGGAGGUAUACUCGACUAUAACACUAACUUGCUUAAUUUGGAAAAUCGUCUUUACGACCCAGUAGUUGGACAAUGGAUGACACCGAGCUGGGAACAUCUUGCAACUAAACUCAGUCUUCCAACAGACAUAUUUAUUUAUAGAUUCAGAAAUAACGAUCCAAUAAAUCGCGAUCAGAAUGUUCCAUAUAUGACCAAUUUGGCAAGUUGGUUGCAAUUGUAUGGCUACGAUCUGACUAAAAUGAUGGGAGCUAAAUAUAUAACAGAUAUGAUCUUCCAACCAAAAACGUCAGUGACCGCUCCUCAAUUGGCGCCAGAUUUCGGUGUUAUGUCUGGAUUACAAUGUAUCAUCGAGAAGGUGAACGAUAAAUUGUCAGACAUUGAAUUCGUUCCAACACCAUUAUUGAAGAUGGAACCAAUCACACGAAACUUGCUUCCACGUGUUUCGUACAAACGCGGAGUGUUCGGUGAAGGAGUAUUAAUAUCAAGGGUAGAUGGAAAAGCCUAUAUAAGUGUAGCCGAUGGCGCUAAUAGUGUAGUAGAAGACGUUAUAACUACAGUUUUCAACAACUCUUACUUCUUGGACGUGCAUUUCAGUAUUCAUGAUCAAGAUGUUUUCUAUUUCGUUAAAGACAAUUCAUUGAAAAUCAGGGACGAUAUGGAAGAGCUAAAGCGUAUGUCCGGCAAGUUCAACGUAUCGCAGGACGAGACUAACGACCAGGGACUAGAGGUUCGAGUUCAUGCAGUAGGCAAGGGAUCAGCUCAAGCGGUGAUAGUCUUGCGAUACGGGGUAGAUCCUGCACAGGAACGAAUUAAAUUGUUGAAACACGCGCAUAAACGCGCCGCAGCCAGGGCUUGGGAGAGGGAGAAAGCAUUAGUUGCCGCGGGAUGGGAAGGAAGAGGGUCGUGGACAGAAGAAGAGAAAGAAGAAUUAAUAUCUCAUGGCAUAGUCGACGGCUGGGCGGCUCGAGACGUGCACUCAGUUUCGAAAUACCCACAGUUAGCUGAUGACCCAGCCAACAUAGUGUUCGUCAGAGAUGGACGGAGAAAACGAAGAAAGAGUGGACGCGCGCGGCAUCGCUCG